AUGGCGACUACUCUCACCUCCGGGGGCAACUCGGCCUUCCACAACUUCCACAACGACUUUGCCCAUGUCGCUGAUCCCAACGAGCGUCGUCGUCUCGCUCUGGCCGAGAUCGACAAGGCAAAGUUUGGUUGGUAUCACGUUCGUGCCGUCGUCGUGGCCGGUGUUGGUUUCUUCACCGACUCGUACGAUAUCUUUGCCAUUAACCUGUGCUCUGCCAUGUUGGGCGUGGUCUACUGGCAGGAUGCCAAAUCAAACCCUGGAAAGAUCACUUCCAGUGCGGAUACCGCCAUCAAGGUCUCGACCUCUGGUGGUACGGUCAUCGGUCAGCUCCUUUUCGGUUGGCUUGCCGAUCGUGUCGGUCGUAAGCGUAUGUACGGCAUUGAACUCUUGAUCAUUAUCUUUGCCACCUUGGCUCAGGCUCUCUCCUCGGACUCUCGCGCUCUGUCUAUUGUCGGUAUUCUCAUCUUUUGGCGUGUCAUCAUGGGUAUCGGUAUCGGUGGUGACUAUCCUCUGUCUUCCAUCAUUACUUCUGAAUUCGCGACCACCAAGUGGAGAGGUGCCAUGAUGGGUUCCGUCUUUGCCAUGCAGGGAUUCGGUCAGUUCGGUGCGGCCAUCAUGGCACUCAUCGUCACUGCGGGCUUCCGCGAGUCUCUUGAGACUGCCUCGUCUGUUGGCAAGUGCAGCGGCGUCUGCCAGCUUGCUGUUGAUAAGAUGUGGCGUGUCAUCAUCGGGUUCGGUGCUGUGCCUGCCUGUAUUGCUCUCUACUACCGUCUCACCAUUCCCGAGACCCCUCGUUACACUUUCGAUGUUGCUCGCGACGUUGUCCAGGCUGAUGAGGACAUCCGUGCCUACAUGGCUGGAAAGCAUGAGGGCCAUCCCGAUGAAAUCCAACACGCUGCUGGUCUCCAGAACCAGAGUCCCGAGCUUGCCACCCCCAAGGCCAGCUUCUCGGACUUUGUCGCUCAUUACUCCCAGUGGAAGCAUGGCAAGGUUCUCCUAGGUACCGCUGGCUCCUGGUUCUUCCUUGAUGUCGCUUUCUACGGUCUCGGUUUGAACAACUCAAUUAUUCUCGGUGCUAUUGGCUGGACCGGUGGCAAUAACGUCUACGAGGUCUUCUACCGCAGUGCCGUGGGUAACUUGAUCCUGAUUUGUGCGGGUGCCAUUCCCGGGUACUGGAUGACCGUCGCAACUGUCGACACCAUCGGUCGCAAGACAAUCCAACUGGGCGGCUUUAUCCUUCUGACCAUCCUGUUCAUUGUCAUUGGCUUUGCUUAUGAUCCUCUCUUGCACUCUCACAACGGCCUGCUCGGCUUGUAUGUCCUUGCCCAGUUCUUUUUCAACUUCGGCCCCAAUGCGACGACCUUCAUCGUUCCUGGAGAAUGCUUCCCGACCCGCUAUCGCUCCACCUCUCACGGCUUCUCAGCUGCUUCUGGAAAGGUCGGUGCGAUCAUCGCGCAGUGUGUCUUUGGACCUCUGGUGCACAAGGGAGCCAAGAACUCCUCCGACACUCCCUGGCUCAAGCACGUGAUGCAGAUUUUUGCUCUGUUCAUGCUCUGUGGUUGCUUCACCACCCUCCUCAUUCCUGAGACCAAGCGCCGGACCCUCGAGGAGCUGGCUGGCGAGUCUCCUCUGGACACUCCGCGCAACGAGUCUCUGAAUGACCACCACCCCAAGCUGGCCGAGGAAGGUCAGGCCAAGGGCAAUGAAGCUGUUGCCACUGCCGAGUAG